AUGCAUCUCAAAUAUCGGUCAAGUGGAGGGACUAGAGGCAAAUGUUGCGGUGUUUUGGAGAAGGACCAAGCUAGUUGGAACUUGGAAUUGUACGUGAUAUAUAGUCAUGUUGUGCAUAGUAAUGUCAAAGUGAAGUUCUCUUUUGCUAUGGAUGGUAAAUUGAGGCAUGUUACUGCUCAAAAUUUGUCCCCUUCUCGAUGUAAUGCUCUAGUCCAGUUUAUCACUUUUUCAGAAACACAAUUCAAAUGUGAGAUUCCUGUUUCCGCCUUGGCCUGGCUUGACAUCUCAUCUUACCGCCCUGAGCUUUACAGCCACAUGAUUUUCCCAUCUGGUGAUAAUUUGUGGAAGCCUGCUGGCAAAGGCAUGUCUUCCCCACCUUCUGUUGUUCUUAGCUGA